UGAAAUAUUUGAUAUGGCUUCGCAAUUUGAUAUAGGAAGUCAAAGCAGUUCAAGUCAGCAACCUACAUUUGAUUCUUCUUCGUUUAGCGAAUUCUGUCGGUUUUUAGAAAUUGUUUCAAGAACAAAAGGUGAUGCAAAAAAGAAAAAACUACAAAAAUUCUUCAAUCUGGAUACUGAAAGAACAUAUCGCAUGAAAGAACAUGUUCUUGCUAAAACCUAUAUAAACGUCUUGGGUUUGUCGAAGGAUUCUCCCAAUGCUGAACGGUUAUUGCAUUGGAAAAUGCCCGGAAGCAACAAAAAUAAAAUUGCGGGUGAUUUUGCUUCUGUUGCUUUUGAAGUUAUUGCACCUCGAUCCACUGUCGUUAGUCAAGGAUCAAUGUCAAUUGAUGACGUAAAUCAGCAACUUGAUACGUUGAAUGCCUCUAGUGGCCAAGGUGAAUCGCGUAUCAUAAUUCGUCAUUUCUUUAUUAAAUGUACUGCCAUAGAACAAAAAUGGAUUAUUCGUAUCAUUUUGAAAGAACUUAAAAUUGGCAUGACUGAAAGGACUGUAUUUUCCGUCUUUCAUCCUGAUGCUUCGUCUCUUUUUAAUGUAUGCAGCGAUCUGAGAAAAGUUUGCACUGAAUUACAAGAUCCUUUUAAGAGAUUCACUGAUUCUGAAAUCUCCAUCUUUCGUCCAUUCAAACCAAUGCUUUCUAAAUCUAUUGCUAUUCAAAAUAUUCUCAAAACAAUGGGUGGUAAUUUUUGGAUUGAAGAAAAAAUUGAUGGUGCCCUAACAAAACAUAUACAUUCCUGUUUUCGUGAAGGUGUCCAAGAGAUUAUUCUUGAUGGAGAGAUGAUUACAUAUGAUCCCGCUUUAGACGUCUAUCAACCUUUUGGGUCCUUGAGAACUGUCUGCAAUGACAAAUCCGAUAAUGAACAUAAAAGCCGUCCAUGUUUUUUGGUUUUUGAUAUUGUACUACUUAAUGGAAAGUCUCUUGCUAAUUACACUUUGGAAAAGCGGCGCGAAUUUCUAAAAACUUUGAUUACAGAUAAACCAGGUUAUAUCCAGGUUAUUCCUCACAAGGUAGGAAAAUCUAUGAAAGAUUUGACUGAAGCUAUGGAUGAUGCUGUUAUGCAAAGAAAAGAAGGGAUUAUAAUCAAAAAACCUUCUAGUACUUAUAUUCUCAAUGAACGUAUCGAUGAUUGGAUUAAGGUCAAGCCUGAUUAUUUGGAUACACUUGGAGAUGACCUUGAUUUGAUUGUUAUUGGAAAAAGAGGCAGUAUGUUUGGAAGUUUUAUGUGCGGAUUAAGAGAUGCUAAAACAAUUAACAAUGAAAUUAGAAUAUUAUCAUUCUGUCGUUUUGGUACUGGGUUCACAAUGAAAGAAAGUGAAGAAUUAAAAUCAUUAGAAGGUUGGGAGCCUUUUGACUCUAACCGAAUACCAGACUGGCUUAUAAUCGGUCAUGAUAAACCGCAUCUGAUAAUUCCGCCAGAAAAGUCAGUUGUAGUUCAAGUGAGAGCAACUGAAAUAGUGGCUACAAAUGAAUUUGCGACUAAUUUCACCCUUCGGUUUCCUCGGUUCGAAAAACUUCGUCCAGAUAAGGAUUGGAGUUCUGCCGCUAGCGUGCAAGGUCCCAUAAUUGACUAUUUCCAAGUUAGGCGAUCUACUCUCCUUGAAACGUACACUUAUCAGAGUGGCCCAAUUGAGAAAAAAUCCAAGAUAUUCAUUAAUAUGAAGUUUUAUGUUAUGAUGACUAAAUAUAAAAGUUUCACAAAGUCAGAUCUGGAACGUAUGAUUAAAGAACACGGUGGCGAAUUUUUCCAACAUCCAGAUGCGUCUCCAAAUUUAUAUAUUAUUGCCGAAUCUCUAUCAAAUUUUCGAAUCCGUAAGCUUGCAGAAGCUGGGCAACAUGAUAUUGUACACCCGCGAUGGAUUGAAGAAUCUAUUAGUGCGCGUCGUGCCAUACCGUUGAAUCCAAGAUUCAUGUUAUUCAUUACCGAUGCUACAUCACAUGAAUUCAGCACAAGAAUGGAUCAGUUUGGUGACAGCUAUACGGAAAAAGUCGAUAUAGAUACCUUGAAAGAGCUCUUUGAACUUAAUCCUAUCGAGGAAAGAAUACACGAUGAUGCCAAACGUCGUCGAUUAAAUGACGAAAUAGAGAGUCGUUAUUUUGCUGAUACGAGUUUACCAAAUGCUAUCUUCAGACGUUGUGUAGUAUACAUUGAUUAUCCGCCUCUUAGAGAGAAUCCAGUGAUAGAUGACUUAUGGGCAUUACAAGAAGGCUGUCGUGAUAGAUUGAACCUUAUUGAAUUGAGUCUUCGUUAUCAAGACGCUCUAGUUACUGAUGAUUUAUAUUCAUCCAACAUAACCCAUGUGAUCUUUGAUGAAAGGGAUUUAAGUCGAGUCGAUGCUAUCAAAAAACACUACCAAAGGCGUCAGAAUGAAUCGAUGCCUUUGUUUGUGCGUUCGUCGUGGGUUACUGAUAGUGAAAAUUUAGGCGCGCUAUUAGAUGAAACAGGCAA